UUAUCUUCCCACUGUGUUUGCUAGUAAACCAUUUGGUCCAUUUGCUCCUCGUCGGUGUUCGUAGAAGACAUGGAGACGAUCCUGAGAGUCUUGGGCUUGGAGUGGAUAGACCUCAGAGGUUUUCUGAUAUUUGUCUGUGUUUUUCUGCUGCUGACAGACGUUUUGAAGUACAGAGUGCCGAGUAACUUCCCACCAGGCCCGUGGUCUUUUCCUUUUAUUGGGGACCUUCCUCGCAUUGAUGCAUCCAAAAUUCAUCUGCAGUUUAAAGAGUUUGCAAGAAAAUACGGGAAUGUUUUUAGUCUUCGUUUGUUUGGUGGAAGGGUUGUCGUCAUCAAUGGCUACAAGCUGGUGAGAGAAACUCUCAUCGAGCAAGGAGAAAACUUCACCGAUCGUCCCAACAUCCCGAUGUUUGAGGCCGUAUCUCAGAACAAAGGUCUCAUAAUUUCCAGUGGUAAUCAGUGGAAGCAGCAGAGGAGAUUUGCUCUUCACACACUCAGAAACUUUGGUCUGGGAAAGAAAACCCUGGAGCGAUCCAUCCUGCAGGAGUGUCGGUAUCUCACUGAGGCUUUUGCUGAUCUACAAGGUCAGUCAUUUAAUGCCCAUAAACUGAUCAACAACGCGGUCGCCAACAUCAUCUGCUGCUUGGUCUUUGGGAGUCGAUUUGAGUACAACGACAAGCAGUUCAAGGUUAUGCUUCAACACUUUGACGAUUCACUCCACUUACAAGGAAGUGUGUGGGCACAGCUUUACAACGCAUUGCCCUGGCUGAUGAAAUGGCUGCCUGGACCUCAUCAGAGGAUUUUCACCAUAACUUACGAACUACUAGAUUUUAUUAAAGUAAGGAUCAAGGAACACAGAGAGAACCUGGACCCUUCGUCACCCAGAGACUACAUCGACUCCUUCCUCAUAGAGAUGGGAGAGAAAGAAGACAAGGAUUCUGGUUUUGAUAUCGACAAUUUGAGUUUUUGCACUUUUGACCUGUUUGGUGCUGGAACCGAAACCACCACCACCACUUUACACUGGGGGCUGCUGUACAUGCUCUUGAACCCACAGAUACAAGAGCGGGUCCAGGCUGAGAUAGACGCUGUGAUUGGUCCGUCCAGGCAGCCGUCUGUGGCUGACAGAGACAACAUGCCUUACACCAACGCUGUCAUCCACGAGAUACAGAGGAUGGGGAACAUCGUCCCACUCAAUGUGGCCCGGACCACUAGCCAGGACACCACAGUGAACAAAUACACCAUCCCAAAGGGCACCAUCAUCCUUGCUAUACUGGACUCGGUUUUACAUGACGAGUCCAUGUGGGAAACUCCGAACACCUUCAAUCCUCAGCACUUUCUGGAAAAGGACGGCAAAUUCAGGAAGAGAGAAGCAUUUCUUCCCUUCUCUGCAGGUAAACGUGUGUGUCUUGGGGAGCAGCUGGCCAGGAUGGAGUUGUUCCUCUUCUUCACCUCCCUCCUGCAGAGGUUCACAUUUUCAUCUCCUCCAGGAGAGAAGCCCUGUCUGGAGUACAAACUGGGACUCACUCGUUGUCCCAAACCUUACAGCCUCUGUGCAGUGCCACUUUGGCCCAUUCGGUCCAUUUGCUCCUCCUCGGUGUUCAUAGAAGACAUGGAGACGAUCCUGAGAGUCCUGGGCUUGGAGUGGAUAGACCUCAGAGGUUUUCUGAUAUUUGUCUGUGUUUUUCUGCUGCUGACAGAUGUUUUAAAGAACAGAGUGCCGAGUAACUUCCCACCAGGCCCGUGGUCUUUUCCUUUCAUUGGGGACCUUCCUCGCAUCAAGGCGUCCAAAAUUCACCUGCAGUUUAAAGAGUUUGCAGGGAAGUACGGGAAUGUUUUCAGUCUUCGUUUGUUUGGUGGAAGGGUUGUGGUCAUCAAUGGCUACAAGCUGGUGAAAGAGGCUCUGGUCCAAAAAGGAGAAAACUUCAUCGAUCGUCCCAACAUCCCCUUGUUUGAAGACUUAGUUGGGAAUAAAGGUCUUGUAGGUUCCAGUGGGAAUCACUGGAAGCAGCAGAGGAGAUUUGCUCUUCACACACUCAGAAACUUUGGUCUGGGAAAGAAAACCCUGGAGCGAUCCAUCCUGCAGGAGUGUCGGUAUCUCACUGAGGCUUUUGCUGAGCUACAAGGUCAGCCAUUUAAUGUCCAAAACCUAAUCAACAACGCUGUGUCCAACAUCAUCUGCUGCUUGGUCUUUGGGAAUCGUUUUGAGUACGAUGACAAGCAGUUCAAGGUCAUCCUUCAACACUUCAAUGAGACGAUUUACCUAGAAGGAAGUGUGUGGGCACAGCUUUACAACACAUUGCCCUGGCUGAUGAAAUGGCUGCCUGGACCUCAUCAGAGGAUUUUCACCAUAACAUACGAACUACUAGAUUUUAUUAAAGUAAGGAUCAAGGAACACAGAGAGAACCUGGACCCUUCAUCGCCCAGAGACUACAUCGACUCCUUCCUCAUAGAGAUGGGAGAGAAAGAAGACAAGGAUUCUGGUUUUGAUAUCGACAAUUUGAGUUUUUGCACUUUUGACCUGUUUGGUGCUGGAACCGAAACCACCACCACCACUUUACACUGGGGGCUGCUGUACAUGCUCUUGAACCCACAGAUACAAGAGCGGGUCCAGGCUGAGAUAGAUGCUGUGAUUGGUCCGUCCAGGCAGCCGUCUGUGGCUGACAGAGACAACAUGCCUUACACCAACGCUGUCAUCCACGAGAUACAGAGGAUGGGGAACAUCAUCCCACUCAAUGUGUCCCGGACCACUAGCCAGGACACCACAGUGGACAAAUACACCAUCCCAAAGGGCACCAUCAUCCUUGCUAUGCUGGACUCGGUUUUACAUGACGAGUCCAUGUGGGAAACUCCGAACACCUUCAAUCCUCAGCACUUUCUGGAAAAGGACGGCACAUUCAGGAAGAGAGAAGCAUUUCUUCCCUUCUCUGCAGGUAAACGUGUGUGUCUCGGGGAGCAGCUGGCCAGGAUGGAGUUGUUCCUCUUCUUCACUUCCCUCCUGCAGAGGUUUAAGUUCUCUGCUCCUCCAGGAGAGAAGCCCAGUCUGGAGUACAAACUGGGAGUAACCCUUUGCCCCAAACCUUACCGCCUCUGUGCAGUCCCACGUUAAACUAGCUGCUGCCUGAUGACAAAAAAAUGACUCUGCUUAUAUUUCUCCUUUAUUAAUGGAAUCACUGGAUUAGGAAGAUGAACCUUUGCGAUGCAAUAAAUAUGAAAUAAUCAUGUGAAAUUGGCUGAUUUUUAUAUUUGGCUGAUUGCUGCAGUAAAAAUAUCAUCAUCAUUGUCAUCAUCAUCACAUUUCAGCAACAAGGCAGUUCAAUGUGCUUUAAGUUUUAAUUGCUUUACAAAAACAAAAAAAAUACCUUCAUCAAUCAUUGAAGGUAUUUCAAUGGUUGCUCUUGAUCUGCAUUACUCACUACCUCCACAAGAUGGCAGAAUAAUUUGGACAAAGGUAAAAGCGAUCACUCACCACAAUAAACGAGCAAGAUUGAAACAAAUCUUGUCUAAAUUUUUCAUCGAUAUUAAACCAAAAAUAUUCAAAUGUUUCAAAGUAUUCUGCUCUGAUAUUUGAUCAGGUCUCAUCAUAAAUUAUCACCAGAAUUUUUAUCGAUUGGCUUGAGUUGUCUGCUUCUGUGUAAACUCCAAAAGACCUUUACUCACAGAAACGUCCACAGUUCAGUCAACAAACACAUACUGGAACGAUUCAGGUUGUAAUUCCUUUUAAAAACAAGAGACAUUAAAAACAAGAGACAUUGUCGCAUAAAUCUUUGUAGAACAAUGAAGACAACGUUUGGAAAUAUUCAUUGAGCCAUCAUGUGGAAACCUUAUUUGCAUGUGUGGAUCUUGUGGCUGAGUGGCAUUACAGAGAGGGCUGAUUGGUCAAUCAAAGCAUCUAUGAUAAAACAUGAGCCCGGGUCGUUUGCAAAUGACUGACUGAAGAUGCAGCUCUCAGGUUUUCAUUCCUAGACUGAUCAGUGGGGGUCUGGUGACAUUAAAAGGUCAUACAACUACAUCCUGAAAUGGAGACAGAAAGGCAUUACUCAUACACCCACAGCUUGAAUGCAAGUGUUGCUGAUCAGCAGCCCCCAGUGGUGCACUCAAAAAAAUGACUCAUUGGAUGAACUCAAUCCAAUUUUGGGCAAAUUUUUCAUCCAAUAAAUUAGUUUCUACAAGUUAAGUUUGUUCACUGAAACAGUAAACCAUUAUUUAUUGGUUGAAUCUAAAGUAUUUAAGUUUGACCAACUCAAUUCUACCUGUAGCAUCUUCUUGAAUUUGUUUUACAUUUCUAUAAAUCCAUGAAUUUUAAGCAGUAGGAUAAUAUAUAUUCCCUGACUUAAUGCACGUCACUAUUUCAAUUCCAAAAUCAAAUAUUUGUGAUAUUAUUUUCAGCCUGGGUGACAACAUUCUUUGGCUUUUCUUGAUCUUCAGCUGCUGCUCAAAACUAUGGAAGACAAUUUUAUUACCUCGGUUUGAGCAGUUGCAGGAUGAUAAUGAGAAUCCAGAUGUGCAAGAUAAAGAACCCACAUAAUCCCAGCAUUUUGUUCACACUUCAUAACGGUCAUGAAACAAGAACAUCUGAGACUUUGCAGAGACCGUCCAUGUUGAGGCUGAUUGUACAUUUCAUAAAUGAUUCUCGUGAAAGGGCAUGUUUGGAGACAGGAUAUGAAGAGGAUGUGACAAUGUGAUGCUGUUGACAUUAAGCUGAUGGUCAAGACAUGGACUUUGUUCAUUUUCUCUGAAAAACAAAAUCUUGGAGGCAGAAACUUAUUGAAAAUAAGUUCAAACAUUUUCAAAUUUCAAAACGUAGUUUAAUCAAAACGUAGAACCUGGCUCUCCUGCCAUCAAAAAGUUGCCAGCCUUUGGGAAUCGAAAUGUAAGUCAAACUUUUUAGGUCGUGCACCAACCACUGGUACACCAUUUCAUGUGUUGAUGAGCGUGUAGCUUCAGUCAUUACAGCUAAAAGCUCGAGAUCAGGCCAGAAACCUGGGUGUAGUGAAGCAAUCAGAUCUGAACUUUCAGAACCACAAAAAGACAGUCACAAAGUCAGCCUUCUGUCACCUGAAGAGCAUGCCCAGCAAAAUCUAGAGAAACUCAUCCAUGACUUUAUCUUUGGUCGCAUCGAUUACUGCAAGUGUUUCCAGAGGUAUAAACAUAAUGGAUUAAGAAUUUAACAUUGACGCUGGACUAAAUGUAAUGUUUCCUUUGUUGAUUCUGUGUCACAUGACUUUGUGUUUCUGUAUUUUUAUGAUGUAAAGCACCUUGAAAUGCCUUGCUGCUAAAAUGUGCUAUACAAAUAAAAUUUGAUUGAGGAAUGAUCCAUUACCCUUUGCAUCUAAAACCGGAAAGAAAGUGAAUCUGAAAUUUUCUUUGAUUGGAAAUGUACAAAAUGAUGCAAUCCAAAAUCAAACCAAAUUUGCUCAAAUCUAAAAGAAACAUUUUUCAGAUUUCAUUUGUAAAGCUUUCAAAAGCUGUAUAUAUUCACAAAAGAAUAAAGAGUAAGCUUUAGUUUCA